AUGGCUUUCAUUGCCACAAAUUCGACUACAACUGGAAAUACAUCUCUUGAUAAAUUGACAUGGUCUUUUAAAACAAUUAGCAUACUUAUCAUAUGUAGCCUAAUUACAAUCUUCACUAUAUUAGGCAAUGGUUUAGUCCUAAUUUCAAUAAAAUUUCGUCUUCGUGCUCGAUUAUAUUCCGAUUAUUUUAUUUUGGUGGAUUUUUUUGUUCGAAAUUUACCACAUUGGUUAGGUGUAUGGGGAAAAUGGUUAUCAUUUUUUAAAUAUUCUUAUGAUGCAUGUCUUCAAUUACAAUUUAAAGGUGGACGAAUUUAUCAGUGUGUCGAUGGAUCAAUUAUUCCUUCAUGUCGAAAUAAUCCUAAUGGUACAUUUAUUAGUAAUGAAGCAACAGAAUUUUUUGAUGCUGGAAUCAGUAUUGGAUUAAACUUUUUAGUUCUAUUUGGAAUGUUUGUUGUUUUUCGAACACUUGCAUAUUUUGCAUUACGAUUUAUUAACAAUCAUACUGGUCGUACAUAA